AUGUCAGAAGUCUCUUCAGAAGAGCAAUCUCUACAGCAGAAUUUCUCCUUCAUGGUUCGGUGGGUAGCCGACCGCCCUAACCCCCAUCGUUUGCAUCUAUCAUUUACACAAAUGCCUCUACCAACUCACGCCAAAGCUAUCUCACUCAACGACACACGGAAUAAUCCAACAACGUUGAGUUUUCCGAUCCAAAGUGAGUCGUCUUCGUCACAGAUUUUGCCUUCCUUUACUAACAACACCAAGUUUGAUUCUGGGGAUGAUCAGAACUUAAUUGGCAGAAAAAUAGAUGGCAAAGCAUCGCCAAAGAAUUGGAAUCUGAGGCCCAAUAGAUCAGCGGCGUGGAAGAAAAGGGAAGUUGAUCAAGUAGAGGUAGAUAAGAGGGACAAGAACAAGAAGAUGACACCAAGUUUCGGUAUUACACUUCCAAAAGAGGAGAUUGAAAAGGAUAUUUUGGCCAUAAUUGGAGCCAAAUUGCCAAGGAGGAAGAAGAAGAAGAGAAUCACGAAUGUCCAGAGAGAGCUUGACAGCGUAUUUCCUGGUCUGGGGUUGUCGUCGAUAACUCCUGCUUCGUACAAAAUUCGUAAGAGGAAGGAUUAA